CCUAUCCGUACACUGGCUCCGUUGCCUCGCCAUCUACCGGUUCGUUGCUUGAACCACUUAUUUCUUAAGGACCGUGCGUCUAGACUUUUACGCCAACUAGUGGCAAGUAUCCAAAGCAGUUGGGAUCAUGUAUUUAACGUAAACAUACGUGAUUUACUUUAAAAUAAUUAUAAAUAAAAUAUAUUUAAUUUUUUUAAUAAUGCCAGCUUCGUGACAAAAUUGUUGUGUUCUUGGAUGUAAUAAUAUAUCACGUCGAGAACGUGGAUUCGGUGUGAAAGUGAAAUUUUAUAAAUUUCCAGAGAGCGUGUUAGGUAGGAACCUCAUGGAAAAUAGUAAAACGUAAACAGUGGAUGAAUGCUGUGAAAAAUUACGUAAAAAAUCCAAAAGCCUGGGUACCAAAUAAAUAUACGAGGAUUUGUAGUACGCAUUUUGUAAAUAAUGAAAAAUCAGAGCAUCCGUUACAUCCAUCUUAUGUUCCUUCGAUUUUUCCUGGUCGUGAAAAUAUAAAAAGAAACAUUCAAUCCUUAGAACGUUUCCAACGCGUCAGAAAUCGUGAAAGAAACACAGUCCACAUCAAUAAAUGUGUUGUAAGUGAAAAAAAUAGAAAUAACAUGAACAUUGAAAAUACGAUAGAUACAGUAAUGGAACAAGGUGAUGAAGAACAUGCAAGUAGUGUUGAAGAACAUCAGAUUGAUAUUCAUGUUGAAACUGUUACGGUGAAGCUUGUGCAACGGAGCAUAAGUUGUCAAACGGAGAUAGUCACAGACGGAGCUUAUGAAGAUUUGACAUAUUUUUUUUGUAAUCUCAACUAUCAUAACGAUUUAAGCACGGCCGCAGUACAGGUAAAUAUUCCAAUAAGAAAAACACAAAAUAAAAUUUGUGAAGCUAAAAUACCAAUUGUAAAAAAUGUUCAAGAUUCGAGUUGUGAUCCAAUAAAUAUAGAUCUUGUCAUGACAGUUCUAAUGUUAUUCGUUUUUUCAACAACACCGUACACAUGCUUUGAUUUGAAUAAUUUUUUGCCUUUCUCAUCGUUUUGGUCAUGUAUAAUAUUAUUAACUACAGGUUGAAAUCCAUAUUUUAUUGUUUUUUCCAUUGUUAAAACUUUUUUUAAUGUUAUUAAAUUUUUGUUUUGAUCUCACUAUGUUCACCAAUGAAACACAAGAGAGCGUUCACUCCGACAGUAAUGCUGCCUCUAUAUUUCACGCACGAUCUCUAUUCUAAAUAAGUUUUCACUUCAAAAAGAAGCCGAUGUUAUCGAAGAAAAAUAUAAAGCUCCCUUUGGAAUGUGCCAAAAAAUAUCAAAACUGGACAACUUCUGGAUGGAAACGGGCUAUUUGGUCCACAGAUAAG